AUGCCCCCAAAUCGUUUGAAAGCCGCAAAAUGUCCAACAGAUGAGCUUUCAUUAACUAACUGUGCUGUGGUCUCGGAUAAGGAUUUUGACGUCACCAAAAUUAGGCAUCUUGAGGUCAUAACGGGACCCAACCACCACUAUGUUUUCACGUUGAAAUCCCACCCAUCUGUUUCUCCUGAAACUAUUGGAUUCAGUGCUCCUCAGAGGAAAUGGGCUGUCCUAUCUCUCGGACAGAUUGUUGAUGUACGUCCCUAUUUUUUUGACCCCAACAAAGAUUUCAUCAGUAGUAUGGUGCUGGAGGUGGAUUUCAUAGCCAAGAAAAAUACAACCACGGAGCCAUACGACACGGACAAGAUGGCGGCCGAGUUCGUCAUGCAGUUUCCCCAGCAGGCGUUUACUGUCGGCCAGGAAUUAGUGUUCAGUUUCAUGGAUAAAAAAUUGUUGAUAGCUAGAGUGAAAGAGAUGGAAGCGCUGGAUGUCAGGUCUGGCGGAAAGACAUCAAAAGUUCGUAUUGGAGUGACUAUGCCAAACACAAUACUAUGCUUCGAUAAGGCCGAUAAUUCACCCGUCAAUCUUAUUGGAAAGUGCAAAGGAAAGCAGACCUACCAAUCUAUAAUUAGCCCUGACUGGAAUUUCGACAAAAUGGGAAUAGGCGGUCUGGAUAAGGAGUUCUCCACUAUUUUUAGACGGGCUUUCGCGUCGCGUGUCUUUCCACCGGAAGUCAUCGAGCAGAUCGGAUUGAAGCACUGCAGGGGCGUUCUUCUGCACGGUCCACCUGGAACCGGAAAGACCCUCAUGGCUAGACAGAUUGGGAAAAUGCUGAAUGCUAGAGAACCAAAGAUCAUAAAUGGACCGCAGAUCCUCGAUAAGUAUGUUGGCGAGUCGGAAGCCAAUAUUAGGAAGUUGUUCGCCGAGGCCGAGGAGGAAGAAAAAAGGAUGGGCAUAAACAGCGGCCUGCACAUAAUAAUCUUUGACGAGAUAGACGCCAUUUGCAAAGCUAGAGGCUCUGUGGCUGGGAGUACGGCAGUCCAUGAUACGGUCGUCAACCAACUGCUGUCCAAGAUAGAUGGCGUCGAUCAGUUGAAUAACAUUCUCGUGAUUGGUAUGACGAAUAGAAAGGAUAUGAUUGACGAUGCCCUGUUGAGACCCGGCAGGCUUGAGGUACAGAUGGAGAUAGGCCUACCUGACGAGAAUGGCCGCCUGCAGAUCUUAAACAUCCACACGAAGAAAUUGAAAGACAACAACAAAUUGUCCGCCGAUGUUUCACUCCAGGAACUGGCUUCAGUGACCAAAAAUUUUAGCGGAGCCGAACUGGAGGGUCUUGUUAGAGCCGCAACUUCUACUGCUAUGAACGGGCUGAUUAAGGUGACCUCUGACGUGGAAAUUGAUCCGGAGGCCACGGACAAGUUGAAGAUCACCAUGGCCGAUUUCAGAAAUGCUCUCGCUAAUGAUAUUAAACCUGCAUUUGGUGUAAGUGAAGAUGAGAUCGGCACGUACAUGAACCGCGGCAUAAUUAACUGGGGUGACCCAGUUAACAGGGUCCUUCAGGACGGUGACCUACUUGUCAAUCAGGUCAGGACCAGUGAACUGACCCAAAUAUUAACUGUUCUGCUGGAGGGUCCGCCGGGCUGUGGUAAAACCGCCCUAGCUGCCCAGAUAGCUCUGAAAUCGGAUUUCCCAUUUCUAAAAAUAAUCUCUCCUGAGAAUAUGAUCGGUCAUCUUGAAUCAGCUAGGGUGCAAGCCAUCAAGAAGGUCUUCGACGAUGCCUACAAAUCGCCAUUGAGUUGCAUCAUAUUGGACGAUAUAGAGGGCCUCCUGGACUAUGUGGCAAUCGGGCCGAGAUUUUCCAACUUAGUGUUUCAGGCCCUUCGAGUCCUGCUAAGGAAGUUACCGCCACCUGGAAGGAGGUUGUUGGUGAUCUGCACGACUGGCUGUAAGGACUUGCUGCAAGAGAUGCAACUUCUUAGCGUCUUUAGAAAGGUCUUGCACGUUUCCAACCUAUCAACGUCCAAUCAUCUGGUCACGUGUCUCGAGGAGCUGAACCUCUUCACGGCCAAGGAACUAGACGUCAUCAGCAGAAUGACCGACAGUAAGAAGGUUUGGAUUGGGAUCAAGACGCUGCUUGAUUUUGCUGAAAUGAUUAGAAAGGUUGAGGAUGAGUAUCGCAUCACAAAGUUCAUUUCAAUUCUCGAAGAUGAAGGUUCUUUACAGAUGUGA